AUGUUAUCUAUCUAUCUAUCUAUCUAUCUAUCUAUCUAUGAAUCCAACUCUACAAUGUGUCCAAAAGCCAAUAUUAUUGUCAGUUUUGUAACUCCUCAAAAAGAACUCCUCAUUGACAGCGUGGAAUUUAACGUUCAAGGAAUCUUUAAACAUUCUGUAUCUGUAAAUUAUAAUGUCCCUGAGCAAGUUCCUGGAGAGGAAGUGACUCUCAAAAUGACCGCACGAAGUGGUUCCAAUUAUUUGUCGGGGAGUUCUCAAAGAGUUGUGGAUUCGAUCGAUAAAUACAACAAACCCUUCCAAUUUUAUUCAUGGUCGGUAUCAGCUGGAAAUAUCUUAUCGAGAAGUGGUCUUAUCUACAUGACCAGCUUUGAGGUGCAUGAAGGAGAUCGAUUCCCGAUGUUACGACCAAUGGGGGGAGAGCCGUUUCCUUUUCAAGUUGAUGAAGAGUUUGGUUUAAAGACAUCUGAUGCUGCCCCACCGACAAGUUUUGUUCCAACCGAAUCUGUCAAGGUUCGAAGUUUUUUCCCAGAAACUUGGAUUUGGAAAGAUGUACAAAUUGGUCCUAAAGGAUAUGAAACAAUCAACCGGGUUGCCCCUGGAACAAUCACUACAUGGGUUACCACGGCUUUCUCUAUUCACCCAAUUGAUGGACUGGGUAUUAUGAGAGAACCAGUUUACUUGCGAACAUUUCAGAAUUUUUACAUUUCUUUGGAUCUGCCUUACUCAGUUAUUAGAAAUGAGAAGUUCAAGCUCAGAGUCGGCAUCUUCAAUUAUUUGAACACAACAGAAGAGGUUCAAGUGAUUUUAGAACCAUCCAAGUACUACAAAGUUUAUGACGGAGACCAAGAGAUGAAAAGCAACAUCACCAAGUUUGUUGAGGUGAAAAAUAAUACUGACAUUGGAGUAGAUUUUUGGCUUCUUGCAAAUGAAACUGGAACAAUCACCCUUCGUGUUAAAGCCGUCAGUGCUCGUGCCAGUGACGGUGUGCAGAGGAAUCUACUGGUUGAUGCUGAGGGAUACACUGUUUUCUUCAAUCAUCCUAUGCUGCUGAACAUAACACCAAACGAACCUUUUAUAAAGAACUUCAUUAUUCCAAUCCCUCACAAUAUUGUGAAUGGAUCUGAGAGGAUUGAAUUGUCAGUUAUUGGUGACGUGAUGGGUCCAUCACUGAAUGGCUUGGGUAAUUUGGUGCGAAUGCCAUACGGUUGUGGAGAGCAGAACAUGGUUAACUUUGCUCCCAAUAUUUAUAUAUAUGGUUACCUGAGAAAUAGUCAGUUACUGGACCAAGCUACAGAGGCGAACAUUAUUAAAUUCACAAAAAGAGGCUACAGAAAUGAAUUGAAGUUCCGUCAUUCAGAUAGUUCGUACAGUGCCUUCGGAGAGAAAGACGUCAAUGGAAGAGACGUUAAAAACGUCUUUUCUUUUCUUUCUUUCUUUCUUUUUUUCUUUCUUUCUUUUUUCUUUCUUUUUUCUUUCUUUUUUUUUUUUCUUUCUUUUUUUUUCUUUUUUUUCUUUCUUUCUUUUUCUUUCUUUUUUUUCUUUCUUUUUUCUUUCUUUUUUUUUUCUUUCUUUUCUUUCUUUUUUUUUUUCUUUCUUUUUACUUUCUUUUUUUCUUUUUUUUUUUUACUUUCUUUUUUUUUUUUUUUUUCUUUUUUCUUUCUUUCUUUUUUUUCUUUCUUUCUUUUUUCUUUUUUUCUUUUCUUUCUUUUUUUUUCUUUCUUUCUUUUUUUUCUUCCUUUUUCUUUCUUUCUUUUUUCCUUUUUCUUUCUUUCUUUUUUUUUCUUUUUCUUUCUUUCUUUUUUUUUUCUUUCUUUUUUCUUUCUUUUUUUUCUUUCUUUUUUUUUCUUUCUUUUUUUUCUUUCUUUCUUUUACUUUCUUUUUUUUCUUUCUUUCUUUUACUUUCUUUUUUUUCUUUCUUUUACUUUCUUUUUUUUCUUUCGUUCUUUUACUUUCUUUUUUUUUCUUUCUUUCUUUUUUCUUUUUCUUUCCUUUUUCUUUUCUUUCCUUUUUCUUUUCUUUCCUUUUUCUUUCUUUCCACGCUAUCACAGCUGA